AUGUUUUCCUCUCUUGUGAUGAUCAAUUUAAUAGUCGCAGCUAAUACGGACAAUCUCUUUUCACACGGUCGAAUUGUGGGUGGUGAGGACGCAACGAUCGAGACCUAUCCAUAUCAAAUCUCCAUUCAAGAAUAUGGUUCUCACAUCUGCGGAGGGUCUAUCAUAUCCACCUACUGGGUGCUAACCGCUGGUCACUGCGUCAAAAGUGAUCCUUUCAACUUAAAUAUUCGAGCCGGUACAUCAAUUCGUGACAAAAACGGCACUAUUCAUAAAGUCGAUAAUAUCAUCCGCCAUCAAAACUACUUUGAAAAUAGUUACAGGGUGCCCUCUAAUGACAUAGCUUUACUUAAGCUAAAGGAACCCUUCGUGUUCGAUAAGACCCAUCAGCCCAUCAAAUUGUUUCAAGCUGCUGAAGAAACUGCACCUGGGGUAGAAGCUAUUAUCACCGGCUUCGGAGAAACCAAUAAGUGGGGGUAUGAUGGUCAGCUUCAAACUGUUUCCAUUCCUAUUGUAAGCAAAGAGCUUUGUAACAAAGCUUACGUGGAUAUUGCAGGAGGUAUUUCUGAAGGCCAGAUUUGCGCUUCCUACUACGAAAUAGGUAGAAAAGAUUCCUGUCAAGGUGACUCUGGUGGCCCAUUAACUAUUAAUGGACGUCUUGCUGGAAUUUCUUCAUGGGGUUACGAUUGUGCUAAACCUAAGUAUCCUGGCGUAUACACUGAAGUUGCUGCAUACCGAAACUGGAUUGAUGAAUACGUAUUUGAACAAUGUUUGCUAUGGGACUUAUUUUCUUACGUAAUGAUGCUUUAUAGCAAGUUGGACUAUGUACGUAUAGUUAUCAAAUUUUUGAUGAAAAUAUAUAUUCUAGCAAUAAGAAUAUGUAGUGGAGUAUGGAUGUAA